AGCCAAGAUUGUAAUUAGUGAGUGACUUCAACCUCCAUCAUGGAUGACUUUGAUGUGGAUAUGAAAAUACAUGAUAACACAAUGGAAUUCAUUGCUGUUAAGGAAGAAGGCACAGAAGAGAAUGCCAUGAUUGUAAUUAGUGAGUGACCGACUUCCAUCAUGGAUGACUUAGGUUUGGAUACAAAAAUACAUAACACAAUGGAAUUCAUUGCUGUUAAGGAAGAAAACACAAAAGAGAUUGGCAAGCAGGAAUUCCAGAAAGUAAAGGAAGAAGUUAUUGAUAGUAGAGAUGAAGAAAAUGCUAUAUAUAUAAAAACUGAAGAUGAAAAUCCAGUGUCCAAAGAAGUCAGAAGUCUAAGUGAGGAAGCAUUUGAGAAUGAUUCAGUAGAGGAUUGUGAUGAAGGGAAUACUAUCUAUAUAAAGACUGAAUAUAAAUGUUUAGUUUUGGAAGAAGUUGAAGGUCUUGAAGAAGUAGUAGUUGAGACUGACUCAGUAGAAACUGUUGGGCAUUUUGAUGAAGGGAAUGCUAUCUUUAUAAAGGAAGGAGAUGGAAAUGCAAAAGAUGAAAAUCCAGUGUCUGAAAAAUUAAAAAGUCUUGAUGAAGAAGCACUUGAAAAUUGCUUAGAUACUUUCAUGUAUGAUGAAGAUCCCUUGUCAUCGGAAUCACUUGUGGCAGAGGAUCAUGUGAAUACGUGCUCCUCUGAUGGCGGUCAGCUUGUACGAUCACUUAAGAAUGAGGCAAAAGGGAAACAUUUAUGUGACCUAUGUGGUAAGAGAUUCCCUUUUCUGAGUAAGCUUUUGCGUCAUAUGAGGGUACAUAAAAAUGAGAAACCUUAUAACAGUGAAGGACACAAGCAAGUAUUCUCUAAUCAAAAUAGUGUUUUGAAAUACACGGACACACAUACCAAUGAUGGGCAUUUCACCUGUGACAUAUGUAAUAAGUCAUUCACCUUAAAAGAUGAUAUAGCGAUGCACAUGAGAAUACACAGAAAGAUGAAACCUUACACAUGUGAGGUAUGCAAUAAAGUAUUAUCUGGAAAAAGUGGUCUAGAGAAGCACAUGAGAGUACACACAAAGGAGAAACCUUAUAGCUGUGAGGUUUGCAGCAAGGCAUUCUCUCAGAAACCCCAUGUAGAAUCCCACAUGCGUACUCAUCUACGUGUUAAACCUUUCAACUGUGAGGUAUGCAAAAAGCCAUUCUCCUGUAAAAGUAGUCUAACUAAGCACAUGAGAUUACAUACAAAGGAGAAACCUUUUAGUUGUAAAGUUUGUAGGAAGGUAUUCACAGUGUACUAUCAUCUUCUUGACCACAUGCAUAUACAUACAGAGAAAAAGCCUUUUUCUUGUGAUAUAUGCACAAAGGCCUUUGCUAGGAAAGAUGAUUUAGCAAGACACAUUAGAGUACAUACACAUGGGAAGCCUUAUACUUGCAGUGUAUGUAGUAAAUCAUUCUUAUGGAAACACAAUCUAGUGGUGCACAUGAGGGUACAUACAAAAGAAAAACCUUACAGUUGUGCCACAUGUAGUAGGGCUUUUUCAGAGAAAUGUAAGCUAGUGAGGCACAUGAGAGUACAUGCAAAAGAAGAGCCUUAUAAUUGAGAAAUAUGUAACAGAACUCUUUUAACCACCGUGUGGUGAACCUCACAAAAUCACACAAAUAUCUAAAACCAUUUAUUAAUGAAAGAGGUGUAAUGGAGCAUUUUCACAGGAAAUAGCACUAGUAGUACAUGACUUUACAUUUCAUUCCUUUAAAGGUCCCUUGGGAUACUUAUAUUACAGUGAUAGAGGACAUAUAUUUUGGUGUCAGCUGCAUCAAAACCUAGCCAUGUCCUCUUUUCCUUCUGUAAACAUAUGAUGUGAAACAUGGCUUCUUUGUUCUUUAAAUGAACCACAUGUAAAGUACUUGGUAUUGAUAGAAAUGUAUAGAGCGUAUGAUAUAUUUAAACAGCAUUAGAAUCUAAUCAUAAAUCCAUAAGAACAUAAUUAUUAUCUUUUGAUAACCUUUUUAUUAUAUUUUUAGUAAUAAUUCUAUUGAGACAUGUUACAGAUUGCACAUAUUGCUUGUUUAUUUAGUAUACUUAUAUAUGCUUUCCAUUGUUAACUCAGUAUGUAUGUAAAUAUCCAUAUGAAUCUUUCUACACAAGGAAAGUUUUAGAAGAGUGUAUGUUGUUUACAUAACAUGCUCUGGGCCGACCCCUCUAGCCUGACUGCUGAGCUUUAAUUGACAUGUGGAGGUUGUGCCAGGAAUUGUUAAUAGGUUUAACAGAACAAUGUAUUUUCCACUCAGUUAACCCUUACCCUAUAUGAUUUGCAGCAGAGUACACAGAUCAACCAUAUCUAUUAUAUGGCUUCUCUCAUUCAUACUACUCUCUUGUCAGAUUUAUUUAUGCUACCAUAUUAAAGUAUUCCACAUUUGCAAUACAUCUCUUGUGACUACUGUAAAAGUAUUAUUGAAUAUCUAUAGUAAAUACAUAAAUUCACAGGCCUAAAGGUUUCAUUUGAGUGCUCUGCUUUGGGGUCCCUAGGUAAUUGUAACAGGAUAUGGAAGGUCUUUUGAUGUUGCUCUUAAGCUUGGCUCUAUUUGCAUUUGUAUUCCCGUGAAGGAGAGUGAAGGAGUGGGAGGAGGGGGGGGGUGCACUGGUGCAGUAGGAGACGUUCAGGCCACUCGUUUGUAUCGAUGCUAAAUUCGUCUGCUAUACUACCAUGGAGUACUAAAGCACUAUAUAUAUAGUUGUGGUCUGUUGCUUUAUGAGUCAAACAUAUUUACAGUUUUGUUUUUUGUUUUAUUUCCUUUUUAUGUUUAAGAGACAAAAUUCCAUCCAUAAUGCAGCAGGAAGCAAACCCCAGUAAUAUUUGUGUUAAGAAUGAGCCUCCUCAUUCCUUCCCACGACUUACUCUCAACGUUUGUUUACUUGCAUAACUGCAUGCCCGACUCUUUUUUUUGCACAAAUAUUUCUUAAGGCAACUUUACCAUUUCGCUCAUGUAAGAAGCGUUCUCUUUCGAUGGAAAAAAAAUGUGAGAGAUACGAACAAUCGCCUGUCUGUCUCAUGAUAUUCACAUGUA